CUCGGCUUCGGCUCGGCAUCUCGCGAACUCUCUCGGGCCUCUUCUCCUCUCCUCCCGUCUCCGCCGCCGCCAUCACCGGCUCUCCGAGCCCUACCCGUCUCCUCGCCGGAGCCCCCACAUGGACCGGCAACCCCAGGACUACGCGGCGGCGGCGGCCAUGGCGUACGCGCAGGCGCAGCAGCCACCGCCGCCGCAGUACGGCGGCUACCAUCCGCAGGCGCCGCCGCCUCAGUACCCACCCCACCCUUACGGCGCUCCGCUCCCGCAGUACCCGCCUGCGCCCUACGCGCGUCCCAUGCCGCCGGCCUACUCGCACCUAGCGCCGCACCAGCAGCCGCCUCCCCCUUACGGGGGGCACCCGCCGCCGCACGUCAUGUCGACGCACUCCCCGCCGCCGCACCACCACUACAUGCACCCGCCGCCGUUCGAAUCCGCUCCUCCGCCGCCGGCCGCUCCCCCUGCUGAUCCGGAGCUCCAGAAGCGCAUCGACAAGCUCGUCGAGUACAUCGGCAAGAACGGGCCGGAAUUCGAGGCCAUGAUCCGCGACAAGCAGCACGACAACCCUGACUACGCCUUCGUCUUCGGCGGGGAAGGCCACGCCUACUACAGGUACAUGCUCUGGCUCUUGCCGCGCCCACCGGCACCGGGGCCGUACCCGCCGGGGUCAAUGCAUAUGAUGCCGCCCAUGGGUCCUAUGAUGAGGGGGCCGCCGAUUCACCAGCCGGGCUACCCGACAUUCUACGACCAGCACCAGCAGUUUGCUGCUGCUCACGGCCAUGGGGAUUAUGAGGCUGCGGCGCAACCGUUCAAGGGACUACCCGGGCCACUGCCCACUGAUGUUGCUGCUGAGCUGCAAGAUGUGCUUAACAGUCUUAAUGGCACCAAGGAAUCAAUAAAGGGAGCAAAAACAUGGUUUAUGCAAAGGUUACCAUUUGUCCCUGCCCUGGCUGAAGCUCUUAGGGAGAGAGUAUUUGCCUUGGAGGAUUCGGAGCGCCAGCUGCACAUAAUUUUCCUGGUGAACGAUAUUCUUUUUGAAAGCUUACAGAGACGAACUAAUAUUCGGGACCUUGACAACGAGGCUGUUGCUUUUAAAUCUGUGCUGGGUUCCACGCUUGCAAGGAUUUACAAUAAUCCACAGAGCAAAGAUGACAGCCAGACUCGUGUUGAGAAAAUCCUUCAGUUUUGGGAUUCAAAGGAAGUUUACGCCCAGGAAACCUUCGCUAACUUUGAAAGAGAGAUGAAAGGUGGUUUGGCAUAUCCUUGGGCCCCCCGGCAUGUUUCCCAAGACCCCUCGCCCUUUGCAGGAUCAGCAGUGGUGCCCUCAAAAUGGUCAUCGGAACCUCCAGAGAAGGAAAAAACAAUCCAUCCUAUUUCUGGUCCACCCCAAUCUGCGCCUUCUGCACAAUUUUCAGCCGGUGUUUUUCCUCCCGUAGGUCAAACCACUUUUACAGGAUCUUUGCCAGUGCAACCAUCUUUGAUUCCAUCUAUGAUUCCUCAAAGCACCGCUGCUCCAACAAGUGAUUCCAAUCCACCUCCUUAUCCACUCUUCCCACCUGGCCUCAUUCCCGGAAUGGUUCGGAAGAUGCAGAUAGGUAGUGGAGUACCAUACUCUCCCUUGAGCCCGCUUGACAUCCCCACAGUCAUCCCUCCGUCGACCGUCCCAGAGUCUGAGAUCCUUGAGCGUGUAUCAAAGUUCUUCAGCGAGAUUGGGGAGGUAAACCCAUCAGAAGGUCCGAUGAGGCAGAUCGAGCGUGACGAUUAUGAUGACUAUGAGAGGGAACUUCCUGCUCGAAAGGGAGGGGCGUGCAUUCCUCCCCCGCCUAACCUGCUUGUAAACCCUGAGACAGGGAUGCGUGCUGAUGGUAGCGUUGAAAGCAAACCAGGGUCCAGCAGCCGCUUGGGUCUGGGAGCUUCUGCCGAUCCGAAUGAGGUGAGCCAGUACGAUGAUGUCUAUUCCUCCUACCGAAAGCAGAGGAGCACCACAUACCAUUCUUCCAUCACUGCUCGCUCAACAUCAAGGUGAAAGGGGCAACCUUUCCCGACGUUUUCUUUUGCCUCGCAAUGUAGUUGACGAUGUGAUGCUGUAUGGCUAUCUUAUUAUUUGAACUUUGUGCUAUCACUGCAAAUGUGUACUACAGCCCCAUAUAAAUCCAAACGUAGUUUGCCAGUUGCAAAUUAUGCAUGUUCCAGAGAUCAGCAGUUUUCCUUUCCUGCUGUUGGACGUUGUUUUUCGAGAAAUCGGCUCCAUGGUUGACGAAGAG